UUCUUCUCCGGUCUGAUUUCGGUGUUUUUGUUGCGUGCAUCUCAAAUUUUCAUUCACGAACAUAUGAAAUCACAAUUUCCUUUUUGUAUAUUCAAAAGCUUUAUUAUUUUUAAGUUACGUGCAACUGUCAUUUUUCGCAAUCUUUGGUCGAAGGUAAAGAAAAACGAGAACAUGGAUGGACAGAACGGCGCCACGUUAUGUAUCUCGCGUGUACUUCUCACCGGUCCCCCCGGCAUAGGAAAAAGUACAAUAUGCAAAGAGAUAAUUUCAAACUUAAAAGAACAAACUCAUAAGGUUGAUGGAUUCUAUACAGAGGAAGUACGGAAUGACAUUGGCAACAGAAUUGGAUUCGAUGUUGUACCCAUCAACAGUUCUGGAAGAAAAUUGACAUUGGCAAGAGUUAAAGAUGUGAUAGAUCCAUCACAACGUUCUAAAUAUAAAGUGGGAAAUUAUUACGUGUUUCUUAGUAAUUUGGAAACAGUAGCAUUACCAGUCUUUGACUCAACUGCAGACAUAUUAAUUAUAGACGAAAUUGGUAAAAUGGAACUGUUUAGUCAGAAAUUUCAUGAUAAAAUACUGAAAUUAUUUUCUGGAAGUAGAAAUGAACCUUUUAUAAUUGCAACGAUACCUGAAAUGCAUAAAAUUCCACAGAGAUAUUUGUCAUUAUUUCAAAAUCUUCAAGCAGAUAAAAAAUCGAAAGUUAUAACCGUAAAUCGUGAAAAUCGGGAUAGUUUAGUGAAAGAAAUCGUUCGUCUCAUUUUGUAA